CAGAAACACACUCCCCCUGACACCAUGAGCUACUACGGCAGCUACUACGGAGGCCGCGGCUACGGCUGGGGCGGCUUCGGGGGCCUGGGCUGUGGCUAUGGCUCCGGCUGGGGCUGGGGCGGCCUUGGGGGCCUGGGCUGUGGCUAUGGCUACAGAGGCUAUGGCUGUGGCUGCUGGCGCCCGUCCUGCUGGGGGGGAUACGGAUACUCUGGCUUCUACUGAAAUCCUGCCCAGCAGCUCAGCAUCUGAGGCCGUGAAAGGGGGACACAAAUGUGACUGCUGUGGCUGGACCAGGACCCGCUAAGGUCCAAGCAUCAGGGACAUGACUAGGAAUGUUGAUCACCUC